AUGAUGCGGUUUCGUGACAGGCGUGAUCUUGCAUUGAAUGUGCUCGCUACUGCCGAACAGCGCCGCCGCGUGUCACUGCCGUUCGCUCUGCCUCGCACAGUCGCUAUGACGGUGGCCCUCACAGUAGCCCUGCUGGCCUGCCUGUUCGAUCCCUCCAACGCAGAUUGCACCGACUUGCGAAUUGUCGAGAUUCUCAACCGACCAGCAAGCACUGCUACCCAAUACAUUCAGCUGUUCAAUUCAAAUCGACUGCAUGCGAUCGCACUGAACGGUCUGACAUUGGGGCAUGUCUCUGGUGGCACGUCUGAAAUUAUGUCGUCGGACGUAAUCAUCCCUCCACUCGGGUGCGCCUUGCUCGGAUCCAACAAUGGCAGUUCCAAUGGCAACGUCAAGUUGGACCACGUUUGGUCGACCUUCUCCCUGGCAUCGACAACCACUGAGACAAUCCAACUUUCUCUGUAUUCCACCACGUGCACCUCAGUCUCCAUUGGGACUGGGGCGAGUUCAUGGCCAACGUCAACCCAAGGCACCUCGUACGUCAUUAGAGACUACAACCUCGCACCGACAGGUUCCAACUGGGAACUCUCGCCGUCCGCUUGGACCGGCUCUCUGACCAACAAAGGCUCGCCAGGUGUGUGUCAGCAGUUCUCGAUGGCCGCAACCCGCGCGGCCAUCAUCACAGAAUUCACGCCUGUUGCUUCCGCCAGUGUGCGACCGCGAUCUUACAUCAAAUUAUUCAACAGUGCCACCGUAUCGCUCAACCUGGCGAACGUUAAAUUGCGCGAUGAAAACUCUUUGGUUAAUUCAUUCACGGCAGCUGCUGUACUUCCGCCAAUGUCGUGCUCGUUGUUGUCGGGGUCCUCUAGCACGACCACCAAUGGUAACAUUACCGGCUACAUUGCAACGUAUGACUCCGUCUGGUGGCUUUACGAUGGCGAUACGGUCCGCUUAUCAGCCGCAAUCACGCCGGCGGAAUUGAUUGGGCAAUCAGUUUCGUUUACCACGGGAUGGCCCUCGCGAGGUACUUACGCGUCCUACAUUCUGAAGGACUAUCGGAACACGGGCGACACUGCCAGUCUGUGGCGAGCUGGCACUGUGUCUUGGCCUGGGUCGAAUGCUUGGAGUGGCGGCAACACUGGAUAUGGAGAGCCCUACCAAUGCCCCUACGUUCAACAAUCUGCGUGCUCUACGAUUGUGAUUACCGAGUUCAUGUACAACCCUGACAUGAUUGAUUCCAAUGAGAUUCCCGGUGAAUACAUCAGGGUGAUGAACAAGGGGAGCUCAUCUGUCAGCAUGACUGGCAUCGACAACAUUUAUGGCGCCGAUUUUGAUAAUGUCAUCGGAUUUGCAUUAACGAACAGCGGCAUGACCAUCACCAUUUCCAUCGGGCAAUCAGGCGACGCUAACUAUGAGGUCUGCAGUUCUGUCACAUACGGAACAAGCGGAGCAUGGCCCGGCAGCACUACCACCAAUGGCAAAGCGUUCCAGCUUCGGGAUCCGACCCUAGACCCAGCUUCAGCAAACUCGUGGAUUCUUGCUACAACCCCUGUGGCGUCGACAGUGGGAUCAAAUUCUGGCAGCCCUGUGUGCGCCGCACGCCAAGCUGCCUCAGCUGCAUCUUCUGCAUCUAAAGCUGUGACCAGCAUGGCCUCAAUCGCAUCGUUUGCGUCAAUUGCUGCGACCAGCAAAGCAUCGAUGGCAAGUGCUUCUGUCGCAAGUGCCGCUUCCACGAGUCUGGCGUUGGCUGCAACUGCUGCUUCGAAAGCUUCAACCAGCGUCGCAUCAGUCGCUUCUUCUGCCGCGAGAGCCGCUUCCACCAGUCUGGCUUUGGCUGCAACCGCCGCUUCCACGAGCCUGGCUUCGGGUGCAUCGUCUGCAUCGAAAGCUGCAACUAGUCUGGCUUCGAUCGCGUCAUUGUCUGCCAAAGCAGCAAGUGAGUCUUCCGCUUCUGUCGCAUCAGUCAAUAACCUUGAUACGCGCACUUUUGAAACGAGCUCGGAGCUCGGUGUCUCAUCCUCGAAUACGGAGCCCGUUGUCUCAUCCUCUAAUGCGGAGCCCGUUGCC